AUGCCGCAGCGGGACGUCUAUAAUCCUCUCCUCUUUGAAAUCGCUUGGGAGGUUGCCAAUAAAGUGGGUGGCAUCUACACUGUGAUCAAGACCAAGGUACCUGUUACAGUGCACGAAUUUGGCGAUCGCUAUUGCUUGAUUGGUCCCCUGUCGACAGCCUCGACCAUGGAAGUCGAGUCGCUCGAACCACCAGCCGGAAACAUCCGAGAUACGCUUGAAUCCAUGUCUGCCCAUGGCGUGAACUAUCUGUUUGGCCGAUGGCUGGUUGAAGGUGCACCGUACGUGCUGCUGUUUGAUACCAGCAGCGUGACUACCAAGCUGGAUGAAUGGAAAGGCGAUCUUUGGCAGUCGGCAGGGAUACCGAGUCCGUCGCAUGAUCACGAGACCAACAAUUCGAUCCUGUUUGGUUAUCUUGUUGCUUGGUUCCUCGGUGAUCUCGCACCCAAGUACAGCGCCGAUCCGGAUGCCUCGUCUUCUGCCAUGGUUCGAAGCCCUACCAUUAUUGCACAUUUCCAUGAAUGGUUAGCCGGCGUCGCCAUUCCGUUAUGCAAAGGCCGUCGCAUCGACGUGACCACCAUCUUUACAACUCACGCGACCCUGCUCGGUCGAUACCUGUGUGCCGGGUCGGCGGAUUUCUACAACAACUUGCGCAACUUUGACGUAGACAAGGAAGCAGGUGAUCGCGGUAUCUACCACCGCUACUGCAUUGAGCGCGCAGCUGCACACUGUGCCGACGUGUUUACAACUGUCAGCCAUAUCACUGCAUAUGAAAGUGAGCAUUUGCUGAAGCGCAAACCAGACGGAGUACUACCAAACGGUCUCAAUGUCGUCAAGUUCUCGGCCGUGCACGAGUUCCAGAACAAGCAUGCAUUGAACAAACAAAAGAUCAAUGACUUUGUGCGUGGCCAUUUCUAUGGCCACUAUGAUUUUGAUCUCGAAAACACCGUUUAUUUCUUCACAGCGGGCCGAUACGAAUAUCAGAACAAGGGAGUCGAUAUGUUGCUGGAAUCGCUUGCACGUCUGAACCACAGGCUUAAAGCCGCCCGGUCCAACACUACGGUCGUGGCAUUUGUGGUUAUGCCAGCUGCCACCCAUUCCUUCAAUGUCGAGGCACUCAAGGGCCAAGCGGUCACAAAGCAACUUCGUGAGACCGUCGACGAUGUACAAGAUCGGAUUGGUCGCAAAAUAUACGAAAAGGCGCUUAGAGGUGAAGAACUGAGCCCAGAAGACUGGCUAUCGGAUGAAGACAAGGUCAUGCUGAAACGACGCAUGUUUGCAUUGAAGCGAUCAACGCUCCCUCCGAUUGUCACGCACAACAUGGUCGACGAUAACAAUGAUCCAAUCAUUGACCAUUUGCGGCGAUUGCAGCUGUACAACAAGUCCGAGGACCGCGUCAAGAUUAUUUUCCAUCCAGAGUUCCUCAGCGCCAACAACCCGUUGCUAGGACUCGACUAUGAAGAGUUCGUGCGUGGAUGCCAUUUGGGCGUGUUUCCGUCUUACUAUGAGCCGUGGGGUUAUACGCCAGCUGAAUGCACCGUGAUGGGUGUCCCUUCUGUCACCACAAACUUAUCUGGUUUUGGCUGUUUUAUGGACGAAAACAUUGAAAACUGUGAAGACUAUGGCAUCUACAUUGUCGAUCGCCGUCUCAAAUCCAUCGAAGAGUCCAUCCAGCAGUUGUGCGAUUUUAUGUUCCGGUUCUGCUCCAAGACCCGUCGACAACGCAUCAACCAGCGCAACCGUACCGAGCGUUUGUCGGAUCUGCUAGACUGGAAACGAAUGGGACUGGAAUACAUGAAGGCACGGCAGCUGGCUCUUCGACGCGUGUAUCCUGACUCGUUCCUGGAUGAUGACGACGAGGAAGAGGAAGACAUGAUGCCUAUACCCAUGAAGAUUCCCAAACCGCUCUCGGCCCCUGCAAGCCCACGUAUCCGACGUCAACUCAAUGGCUACUUUGACCGGGACGAAGAAGACGAUGAGGAGGAGGAGGACAGAGCACCGAUUCGCUUAAAAGAAUUCCCAGCGUUGCGAGGCCAGAAAGGUGAAGGAUCGCGUGAAGAAGAGUUGCUCAGAGAAGGAGAUAUUGCCACUUUGAACAAGUUGACCCUCGAGGAUAAGAAGCGCCACGGAUAA